CUAACUCCUUACUAUCUUGACAGGUGUGGAGGUCAACAUGCUAUGGAUUUGAUACCGUCCGGUGCACAGUACGCUGCAGGCGGGCACACACCGCAGGUACUUCCCUCCUCUCCCGUUACCCGUCCUCGCGAUGUCGGUGCCGGUGCCGGUGCCGCCGUGUCGAGCGCGUGCCUCUGAUCCUGAUCACAGGUGAUCAUAUAGAUCGGAGACAGAGAGGGAAGUUUACCUCCAGCGACCCGACGAUAGAGGCGGAUCAUCGCACGGCGCCUUAACUUACACGUUGUACGGCAUGAUACUGUGAGGUGGCUGCAUGCAGCCGCCUGGACGAACAUGAUGGAGGAGGCUGCCAGUCAGCUGGAGAGAGAUCAUGUGCACAGUGUCUAUGACAAGAUCGCUCCAUAUUUCAACGACAGCCGCUAUAAAGCCUGGCCCAAGGUACGCCAGUUUCUGCUGGACCUGCAGCCGGGGAGCAUCGUGGCUGACAUCGGUUGUGGCAAUGGGAAGUAUCUCCACAUCAACAAGGAGGUGUUCAAGCUGGGGUGCGAUGUUUGUCGCCCCCUGGUGGACUUUGCCUGGAGCCAAGGACACGAGGUCCAGAUGUGCGACGGGCUGCAUUUGCCUUACAGAGACGGCUGCUUCGACGCUGUGCUCUCUAUUGCAGUCAUCCAUCAUUUGUCCACCAAAGAACGUCGUAUCCGAGCAAUAAAGGAGAUGGCUCGCACCCUGCAAGUGGGCGGACGCAUCAUGAUCUACGUGUGGGCCAUGGAGCAGAAACGCCGUAAAUUUGAGAAACAGGACAUCUUCGUUCCCUGGAACCCCAACCCUCACUCGCCCUCCGGCUUCAACGCGGAGCACGCCACACCCAGAAGGAGGGCCGCAGCUCAGAGCGCGAGCGAAGCCAUAGACAACACCGACAAGCACAGGAAGGUUAGAAGCACAUCGUCCGUGGCAGACGAGGAAGACCUGAGCUGCACCGCGCCACAGCAGAGCACACAGAGACUGUGGUUCUUCUCCAGGUCUCUGGAUUCUGUCUUCGACUUCGGAAGCCUAUCUGUCUCCCGCUCGUCCUCCAGAGACCUGAGCACUGAGUCACCCACAGGCGAGAACGAGGGGAACAAGGCCAGCCGGCGCGGGAGAGGGCAAGGCCUCAUCAAACAGGUCUCGAGCUUCUUUUACCCGUCGUCUGCGAUCGGAUCAGAGGAGGACGUCUUCGACUCAGCCCCAGGCCUGAACAAGGGACAAAAUGAUCCUGGAGGCAACAACAACACCACCACCACAGCCACCAAUAACAACAACAACGGCACAGAAAACCAGCGUGUCUCAGUGUCUUUAGCCCAGGAGUGUGGCUCUCUGGCCCUGCCAGAUCUGGUCCCUUUCCAGGAGCACCUGAAGCAGUCUGGAGACGAAAGCAGAGGAGGGCUGCAGGGAGAAGAGCAGCAGCAGAGCACAAGGAGUCCUCAGGGGAGCGAGGGGCAGGCGGAGGGCUCCUGCCUGAGGUACUAUCACGUCUUCAGGGAGGGAGAGCUGGCGGAGCUGAUAGAGAAUCAUGUUGAAGAGCUUCAUGUCAAACACGCCUACUUUGAUCAUGCCAACUGGUGCGUGGUGGCAGAGAAAGUUCAAGUGUGGAGAAUAUGAUUUUAAUUUUACAUUUUGCAUCAACUCUGCCUCAAGUUUUAGCACUGAAUCACACACUUGAAGAUUAAUACAUUUGUGUGACCCUAAAAGUGAAUACAUAUACAGAUGUAGUCAUUGCUGAAGGUACGUGAAACACUAAACUACUCCACUGCUGAAAUUCUCUACUUCGCUGUUUGGAAAAUGUAAUUUAUUAUUAUCUUAUUAGUUUUUGACAGUCACUAGAGCAUUAAAUGUUUUAGACGGUAUCUGAGUGUUUUGCAAUAGAGGAUGCACAGAGGAUGUUCAGCAAUGGCUGUCACUUUUUUAAAAGUAUUUAUUCGAUGUCAUGAAACCAACAAGCAGUAUCCAGAUAUCCGGUGUGUUCUCUUUUAGUAUCAAGAAUGAGUUUUUAUUAUCAAACCACAGCGAGCUCCAGCGCCGCUAAUGAUUUUAACUCUUUUUUAAAAGAGCAUUUCUGCAGGAGAGAUGUUCAGACUUUUAAUAUUAGCCAAAGAGGAAUUUGUGAGAAUAAAGUAAACUCUUCCACCUGCUCUUACAUGUUUUAAUGCGUUGAUUACAGUGGAAACUUCUUACUUAAUUCUUCUGUGUCUGCCUGUUUAACAAUUACAUGUUCCUUAGCUCUGACUGUGAGCUAAACUUGCAGCAAGUAUCUGUUAUGAACUUCUUGGUGGGUCAUGUGUAAUCCAUCAUAACACUAUCAUAAGAAGAGCUCAAAGUUGUUUAGAAUAUCUUCCAGAACAUUUAUGCAUUUGCUUGUUGCGUUUUAUUCUCCCAAGUGUUUCAGAGAACGUGUUGCCAGUGUGUGCGUGUGCGCUUGAUGUUUGUAAUAGUCGUGUACAGUCUUGUGUUGAACUAAUACCACUGGUAUGUUUCAGCAAAUCAACUGCCUCAUAUACUGUGAAUAAACAUUGCACUGUACCAUAAAUCCAUCGCUGCUUGAGGUCAGUGAGUGACAGAGAAAGAAAAGGUGGAAUUGGAAACACACUAAUGUUCCCUUUGUGCCACGGACGAUGCGUAUCUUCUUCUCAGUACAGUGUGGACCAAUGGACACUGGUACCUUAAUGUCUUUCUGUGACCUGAUGUAAAUACUUUUGAGUUUGAAUUGUUUUUUCCUUAUUAAAUAUUUUUGAUCAUGA